AUGCCUUCGGAGAAGACCUUCAAGCAGCACCGGACCUGGGAACAAAGAGUAGAAGAUGUGAGGCUUAUUCGAGAGCAACAUCCUACGGAGAUACCGGUGAUAAUAGAAAGAUACAAGGGUGAGAAACAACUUCCUGUACUGGAUAAAACGAAAUUUCUUGUACCACAUCAUGUCAACAUGAGUGAGUUAAUCAAAAUAAUUCGAAGGCACCUAAGGCUGAAAGCUAAUCAAGCUUUCUUCCUAUUGGUGAAUGGACACAGCAUGGUGAGAGUUUCAACACCUAUUUUCGAAGUGUAUGAAAUCGAGAACGAGGAAGAUGGAUUCUUUUAUAUGGUAUAUGCCUCUCAGGAGACAUUUGGAAAGAAAUCUUCAGUGUAA